AUGGCAGCCGAAUCCUCGGCAAACCCAGCUGAUUCAGAGAAACCUGCCUUGGUCUCUCAACCUUCUGUUGCCAACGAACACCAAGCCAAGGCUUUUGCAGAGCUCAAAGCAUUGUGUGAGAAUAACAAACUCUAUUGGCCGGCAAGUGAGAUCGAAGGCUAUCCUGCCGAAGGGCACAAUGACGAUAAAGACCUAUUACGGUUUCUCGUUGCGCGCUCGUACGACCCACAGGCUGCUUACAAGCAAUACAGCGCCUCAGCAGCCUGGCGCAGAAAAGUCGCCCUCGUUCAAACAUACGACAACGUGGAGAUACAGAGAUUUGCACGUAUGAACAGAGUACAACCCCAAUGGACGGGCCGUCGAGACAAAAUGGGCAUCCCUCUGAUGGUCUAUGUAUUGUCCGAGAUCCGUCCCGAAGAUCUCGCUCAAAUCUCGAAAGAAGAUCCCGGAUUAUCGAGUAUCUUCCUCCCGGCAGAAUACAUAACGAACUUCACGCAGCGUCUGUGCAACAGGGUGCGGAAUGACGGAAUCACCAUCAAUAAAUCCGUAAACAUCAUCGAUCUCUCCAAUGUUGGGCUGCGGAAGUUCUGGAAUCUGCGAUCGAUCCUUCAGACCGCCAGCAGCAUGGCCACGGCGCACUAUCCGGAGACGGUGGAGCGGAUCUUCGUCGUCGGGGCGCCGUCCUUCUUCCCCACCAUCUGGAGUCUCGUCACCAGCCGCUUCGAUCCCGCGACCACCAGGAAGAUCUUCGUCCUGUCCGCUUCCGAAGCUACGGAAAAGCUGACCGAGUUUAUCGCGCCCGAAGACCUGCCGAAACGCUUUGGCGGAACGCUGGACUGGACGUUCCCCAUGCGGCCUGUCCCGGACGCCGAGACCAAGGAGAUGAUCGGCAGUCUGGCCGACAGAUGGGUCGAGGGGCCAAUUCGGUACCUCUCGAAGCCUGAGGGCGACGUCCUCGUGGCCGUGGGCUCGCAGGAUGGGCAGUUGAGGCGGGAGACUUUGGCUCAUAUUCCCCAGGGCUCAUCGUCUCGUAACGGGCAGCCAUCGGAGCAUGUACCGACGACAUGA